CCCGGCUCCUCCCACCGAAAUGUUGAGUCGCUCGCUAUCUUUCAGUUUCCGAGAGAAGUGAGCACUUUGAACCCGUCCUCCGAAGUCACUUGUUUAUCUUGUGUUUGGUGUUGCCGUGUCCUGCCCCCUCCCGCCGCCGGGUUAACAAUGAGCCCCCGGGCCAUUCCGUGGCUGUUCCUGAGCCUGACCUCCGCUGCGCUGCUCCGGAUCGCCACCGGCACUGACAAGGUUUACCCACCUUAUAAAAGCGAAUCAUCAACAUGCCUGAAUGAGACCUCUGAAUACUUUGACUCGAAAAUAUCGAUGUGCUGCACCAAGUGUUCACCAGGUAUGAAGAGAGAAGCGCCGUGCACAGAGAAGACAAACACUAAGUGUCAGCCUUGUGGGCUGAACCAAUACACUGCGUUCUGGAACAUGCUGAAGAAAUGCCUGUCCUGUCAAGUCCUCUGUAAAGAAGACCAGGACAUGGUUCAAGACUGCACUCCAACCACCAAGAGAAUCUGCCAGUGCAAACAGGGCCUGCACUGCAUUGAUUCCGCAAAGGAUACGUGUAACCAGUGCCGGAAAAACACCGAAUGCAAGGAGGGUCAGGGUGUCAUUAAACAAGGAACGAAAGACACGGAUGUAGAAUGUGCGCCAUGUCCCCCUGGAACGUUCUCCAAUAAGGUCUCUUCCACAGAGCCCUGCCAGCCACACAUUGACUGUGCAGUGCUGAGGAGAAAGAUUUUACAAAAUGGGACCAGCUCCAGGAAUGCAAUUUGCGGCGAUGAAAUAUUACCCCUGCCCCCUACGUUGAGAGGGACACCUUCAAGACCUCAACCCAGCUCUCCUGCUCCAAAACAGGCCACGCAUCUGACUGAGAUAGAACCAAUAAGUGUCACCAGUUGGGCACUGGUUACCACAGCACUCAACAGGACACCACCCACUAAACAGCUCCUAGCUUCCCACUGGGUAGUGGCAAUCGGUGUUUCUUCUAUCGUUGUGAUCUUGGUCAUAAUAAUGAUGCUGGUCUGUGUCCUUCGCAGAAGAACAGGGAGGAAGCCUGAUCUCUGGAAUCAGAAUCCAAAUAUGCCCACGAAGAACGCUGAUUCAGUGGAGAUGGCUUGUUUAAUUGGUAUAAACGAGAAUGAGCUGGAAGCAGUGAAAGCUCAGAAUGGGACGCUUGAGCAGAAGGAAUGUCCAACAGGAACUGUGGCUCGGACAGAGCAUUCCUGCUCACUCUCCAGAUCCAGCAGCAGCAGUGGGUCAGGGGGUGUGCAAAGGAAACCUGGCCCAGGAUACAGCUCAAAGGAGGAGGAGCGCCCUCAGACCCACCUUGCUCUUGCCCAUUUGAACAAUUAUUCACGAAUUGAUUCCCAGGAAGAUCAGGGAUACAUCAGCAGAGAAUCCCGGCCCAGUUCAGGAGCUCCAUCCCCAGUGAUGGAAUUCAGUGGGAACCCCACAGUGAGUGUUACAAUAAAUACCGGCAAGUGUUACGUUAACUGCUGCCAUCGUCCGGGAGACGGGGCCUCCAGACCGCUCUCUCCUGAGGAAGAUUAUCCUGCUCCAGCAGAGGAGGAAGGAACUGAGGUGGAUGAAGGGUUUCCAAUCCAGGAGGAACACAAGGACUCUGAGUCGGAGAUUUGGAAAGAGGCUGGUGUUCCAGUGGAAGCUGAGAGUGAAGGUCACUGGCAAACAUGCAACUCAGUACAACGACUGGAGGAUGUGAAGGACUUGCAGCUUCCAAUCCAGGACACUUCUGGAAAAAUGUACUGAUCGAGGAAUGGAGUCAUUAUGGAAAUAUCUAUGUCCUUGUAUUGAAGAUAGCUUGAGCCUUUGAGGGCCUGUGACUAAGGUCUUUGCUCACCAGCUAUUGGUUGCUGAUUUAAAGCUUGUUAGGAUGAACAUGGCCCAGGUUAUGAUGUGGGGCUGGAGCAGCGUCAAACUGUCCUGAGAAACAUGAGUUGAAAGUUCACCCCUCCCACCCCACCCCAAUCACUGACAGUGUGAACUUAGUUCCUCAGAGUGAGGAAUCGGGACAAGUGACAUAUUUCUUCAACUCCUGAGCUGAUUGGGUGAUCCUGGGCUGACCUUGCUGAAUAACGGCUCUGCUAAGAUGAUCCAAAGGUCAUUGCUGAAACUGGCAGAAACUAACGCGUCUGCUGGUCAGACCUGUGCAAACACUGCCUACAUAAAGAGGAUUCAAACUAUCCAGCCAGCCCCACAUGAAUGUGAUGCCUUGUGCUUUUCCAGUUCAGGCCCAAAACUUCUGAUGAUGGAAGAGGCCAAAAAUGUAAAAAAAAAAUCCAACUGGGUAAAUGAUUGAGAAAUUGCUGUCUGACUGCCCCUUUGGAAAUAUAAUUACUCGUCUGGGAAAUCACCCUGAAUUUCCUGCAGGGUCCAUGUAGGAAAAAAAAGCCUCCACCUCUCGCUUGAAGCGAUCCAGCCUUCGGUCUGUUCCAAAGUUGGACUGUUCUGUGGGAGAAGAAUCAUUUCCUCACAUCUAACCAAGUUCCGAACUUAUAAAACUUGCAAUUGUAUCUUUCCCAACUUAUUUACUGAUUUAAAAAUUCAACUGGGACACAGUCAAUUCAUUUUACUAUUCUAUAAAGCUAAGUGAGAUCACUUCUUAGAUGUUACUUGUCUUGAAGUGUAGAGUCCCAGUUCUUUUAAUGUAACUUAACAACUCUGUUCGGUCUCAGCAGACCUCUGUUCCAUGGGUUGAAUGUUGAGUAGGAAACUGAACCCACUCCAGAGUUUGAGACACACUAUGAUAUUAGUCUGGAUCUGCACCACUUUCCGUUAACAUGGGCAUUAGCCUGAGUUUCUAUCUGUAUUGUUAUUCUCAUCAAACUGCACCCUAUGAGUUUUUACACUGGCAACCAAGAAUACACUGGAUUGCAAACAGGUAAUAUAAAUGAGUUAAAUGCAGAUUAGGAUGGUUUUCUAUAUUCUCUGGAUUCAGCUGAUUGUAUAAAAUUAAACCAUCCUUUCAUUUUCCAUUUCAUGGUCCCCAUCUGGUCCUCUGCCCCCUCCUCUCUCUCUUGCCCCACCCCUCUCUCUCCCCCUACCCUUCCUCUCUGCUCCAUCUAGCCCUCUCCUCUCCUCUUUCAAUUCCUGAUCUUGAUCAGAUGGGCCAAUGGGCCGAGAAGUGGCAGAUGAGUUUA